CUAACGUGGACAGACAAGGGACACGUGUCACACUACCGACAUCUCGUGGAGUUGGAUAAGCCACUCGAAAGUCGAAACUCAGAAGAUCCAACCAGAGCCAUCAUCAUCCUUCCAAUGGCUAUUACUUGAGAACUCUUCUGAUUAAACAUAGCAACAACAACAACUCUUCUUCUCCUCUCUUUCUCACUUCAAUUUAGCGAUGGCUGCAACUGCAAUCUCUUCUCUUUCCUUCCCAGCUUUGGGUCAAUCGGACAAGAUCUCCAAUUUCGCAUCUUCUCGUCCUCUCGCCUCCGCAAUUCGCAUCUGCACAAAGUUUUCUCGCCUUUCUUUGAAUUCGCGUUCCACUUCGAAAUCUCUUAUUCACUGCAUGUCCAAUGUUACCGCCGAUGUGCCUCCUGUAUCAGAGACAAAGUCGAAAUUCCUAAAAGCUUACAAGCGACCCAUCCCGAGUAUCUACAACACGGUUUUGCAGGAGCUCAUUGUCCAGCAGCAUUUGAUGAGGUAUAAGAAGACUUAUCGUUAUGAUCCUGUUUUUGCCCUUGGAUUUGUCACUGUAUAUGAUCAGCUCAUGGAAGGAUAUCCGAGUGAUCAAGACCGAGAUGCCAUUUUUAAGGCUUACAUUGAAGCCUUGAAUGAGGAUCCUAAGCAAUACCGAAUUGAUGCUCAGAAGAUGGAGGAAUGGGCACGAAGUCAGACUUCUGCUUCACUAGUUGACUUUUCCUCUAAAGAAGGAGAUAUUGAAGCAGUUCUUAAGGACAUUGCAGGAAGAGCUGGUAGUAAGGAGGGGUUUAGUUACAGCAGGUUCUUCGCUGUUGGGCUCUUUCGUUUGCUUGAGCUUGCAAGUGCUACUGAUCCAACUGUCUUGGACAAGCUUUGUGCAUCCCUAAAUAUCAACAAGAAAAGCGUGGAUCGGGACCUGGAUGUGUAUCGUAACCUGCUUUCAAAGCUUGUCCAAGCCAAGGAAUUGCUUAAGGAGUAUGUCGAGAGGGAGAAGAAGAAGCAAGGAGAAAGAGCCCAAUCUCAGAAGGCUAACGAAACAAUCUCCAAGUGUCUGGGAGAUACUCUAUAUAACCCAUCUUUCUUGGUUGAACGGAAAUCUUAGAAAAUCAUUUGUGACUUCUUUUUUUGUUUUCUUAGCAACAACUAUGCCCAAGAACAUAUAUAUCUCAUUUCUAAGAACAUUUCAGACGUGUAUAUGUUUGCUUUUUUUCCUUUCAAUUACAUGAGUUUACAUAAUGUUGAUUCAUGUAGUAUUUUAUACAUUGAUGAGGUUACUGUUGUGCUGUUACUAGUAUAUGACAAGUUUCUUUAAGAUUUAGGCACUGUCUUCAGA